UAAGUGAAGAAACCAGUUUUGUUGUCGAGACAUAAAUAGCGCUUAGUUAUACUUAUAGAAGUUAGUCUAGUGUUACCAGCAUCUACAAAACUACUUCGAUGUCAGAGUGAUUUUUGACACUUUACAAAUAGUUUGUCAUGACCAUUAGUCUGUACAUCUUGGAAAUAAUAUUGAUAGCUGUAGCACCGUACCGUCUCCACGCGCUGAGUUGUCACUUGAAUGAACUGGACAUCUGUGUUGCUACCUUGUUCUUCAGCCAGAAGGAAGGAUUUGCUGAGACCGAAAACGAACUUAACAGACAAUGUUCAUUCAUUCAGGAGACCCAGCAGUGCCUUAAGAAUUAUACACAACUCUGCAUGACAUCUGUCCAAAGAGAUCUACUGGAUUUUGUUGGUGAAGGAACGGAUCUACUGGUCAAAGAAUACUGUUCUAACGGAACCGAUAUCAGAAGAAGAUAUCUUGAGAAAUCGUCUUGUCUCAAUGAAGCUACGAAAAAUCUCAGUCUCUGUUUAAAUGACUUACAGGUUGGAUUAGAUACGAUCGGGGUAGCUACCUUUGACAAACGUGUUCCGACAACUUGCUGUACAUACCAACGGUACCUGGAGUGUGUCGGUAAAACAGUUGAAGACCAAUGUGGAGAAGAAGCUGUUAAGUUUCUUCAGGAACUCUUGAGAAUUGCUGUGUGUCACCUUCCUGAUGUCAUCUGUACCGGUUAUGGACCCCAGAAUAAGGAAUGCGUGAAACUCCUACCACCAUCAGGAACAGAACCAAAGGGUAGCAGAACGAAGUCUGUGUUGUCACGUCUCUUCUACUACUUCAAAUACGACUGAAAUGUCACCUUACAGAAGGAAACAAAAAUAGUGCGUUAAGAUUAAGUUCUUCAGAGGAUAUUCAGAUCAUAUAGUUCGAACUCCUAUUAAUGCAGAGUUCGGUGUCGAACACUAAUGGACGGUUCACGAAGCUAUGUAUGCAGUAUUAUUAAUCACACGAAUCGAAUUCUUUUUCUUUCUUUUUUUUGAGAGAGACAUUUCAGAUGUUCUAUAGUUUGAUAAAAAGUUAGCUAAACAUAUUUGAUAUGAUGUAUUCUGUAGCUUAAAUGCAUGUGACAUUCUGAUUAAAGCCGCACAUCUGAGGAUA